GAUUUAUCGGAAGCCAUUGCUAAAAGAAUCUACAACAAAUGGUAAUGACAUUUUUUUAGUUUUAAAUUUUUAUUGGAGUAUAGUUGAUUUACAAUGUUGUGUUAGUUUCAGGUGUACAGCAAAGUGAUUCAGAUAAAUAUAUAUAUAGUGUGUAUAUACAUAUAUCUAUUCUUUUUCAGAUUAUUUUCCAUUAUAGGUUAUUACAAGAUAUUGAGUAGAGUUCCCUGUGCUAUACAGUAGGUCCUUGUUGUUUAUCCAUUUUAUAUAUAGUAGUGUGUAUCUGUUAAUCCCAAACUCCUAAUUUAUCCCCCCCCUUUCCCCAUUGGUAACCAUAAGUUUGUUUUCUAUGUUGAGUCAGAGAUUAUUUAUAUAUUAAAAUAAACCACUUAUUUGGGGAUGACAAAUGUAUACAAAGUUUGGAAUCGUUUUUAAUCUAAGCCUUUCCACAUCAGCUGAGCUCUCGUGUGAUCAUUUUAGUCGCUUUGCCAGCCUGGCAGCCUCCUUGCACUCCGAGCGGUGGCACGCUUGCUUGUCUGCAGUGUGUGCCCUCCUAAUGUGCUGCUGGGUGCUAUUUGCUGGCUUUUUAUUUGACUUUUGUAACUAUAGUAAAAAAAAAAAAAAAGAUAAUUGGCAUACAGUUCUCCUUUUGUGCAAAGGAAUUUGCCACUUUGUGAAAUGAAUUGGGAAGAAAUUCCCAUGCCCUGUGACAGUUUACAAAACAUGAGGAAGCUCUGCUCCUGGCGUAAAGGGAAGAUUCGUGCUGGUGAAGCAUCUGAGGCCACUGGCUUUCUCUGAAGCAACCCGAACAAUUCUUGUGUUUAUGUUGUCGUGAUGUUGAGCUUUCUGUCUUCACUUGUCAGUUUUCUCGGGAAGUGGUGACUUUGAGACGCUAACAUUGACCAUUGCAUGACUGACUGCCUUUAGGAAUUGUCUAAGAUCUUGGUGUGUCAUUUUCCUCAUCUGUAAAAUGAAGCUAUAAAAAGAACCACCGCGUAAAUCUCUGCCUUUUCUUCUGGCUAAUACUGUUUAUUUUGUGAACUUUCAUUUUAUAGCCUGUUCGAAUAGUGUCAGGGGGCAACCAGAAACUCUAACUGUCCAUCUUAACAAUUCCAAAUUUCUAGCCCGCACGCAAAUGGGUUCCCUUUUUUCUCUUGCUGACACCCCUCGGGAAGAGCCACAGCCUUGGCGUUUGAGGACCCGGUGGGUCCUGGUGUGCUGCCACGACCUUGGCCGUCCUCGGCCCGCAUCUGGCACGAAGCUGGUUUGCAACCCUGGGCUCCCCACACGGAAGGAUGAGGGGGAGAACGUGACCGAGGUCGGCGCCUUCAUCCUAGUGGGCUUCCCGGCCCCCCGGCUGCAAUACCCGCUCUCCCUCCUCUUCCUGCUCACCUCCCUCCUCGUGCUGGUGGAGAACCUGGCCGUCAUCCUCACCAUCUGGGGCGGCUCCUCCCUCCACAGGCCCACGUACUACUUUCUGGGCGUCGUGUCGUCCCUGGAGAUCUGGUACGUGUCUGACAUCAUCCCUGAGAUGCUGGACGGCUUCCUCAUGCAGCGGGGACGCCUCUCCUUCAUUGGCUGCAUGACUCAGCUCUACUCCUCCAGCUCCCUGGUGUGCACCGAGCGUGUGCUCCUGGCCUCCAUGGCCUGAGACUGCUACCAAGCCCUCACGACCAUGGGGCUGUGCGUCCAGCUGGUGGCCUUCUCCUUCGUGAGUGGCUUCACCAUCUCUGUGAUCAAGGCCUACUCUAUCUCCAGCGCCACGUUCUGUGGCUCCAGCGUCCCGAAGUACGUCUUCUGUGACAUCUCCCCCAUCCUCACGCAGGCCUGCACGGACUUCGCGACCGCCGAGCUGGUCGCCGUCGUCCUGGCAUUCACCAUCCUGGUGUUCCCGCUCGUGGCCACCAUGCUUUCCUACGGACACGUCACCCUGGCCGUCCUGCGCAUCCCGUCGGCCACGGGCCGUCGGCGAGCCCUCUCCACCUGCGCCUCCUACCUCACCAUGGUCACCAUCUUCUGCGCGGCCUUGAUCUUCAUGUACGUCUGGCCCCAGGCUGUUGCUUCCCGGAGCUCCAACAGGCUCAUCUCUGCUGUUUACACUGUCCUCACCCCAGUCAUUGACCCCUUGAUCUACUGCCUGAGGAACAAAGAAUUCAAGGAUGCUCUGAAAAAGGCUCUGGACUUAGGUCAACUUUCACGGUAGCACAAUUAAAUGUCCUGUAAUCUAAUCUGUGGUGAUAAUAAAAACAACAUCUUAUAGGACACUUUACUUUCUUUAAUAGUGACAAUUUAUGUAAUUAAUUAAUUAAUUUUGGGCUGUGCCACGCAGCUUGCAGGAUGUGAGUUCCCCCACCAGGAAUCGAACCCUCACCCUCAGCAGUGAAAGUGCAGAGUCCUAACCACUGGACCACCAGGGAAACCCUAGGAAUUCCCACUUUACGUUUUUUAAAGUAAAUUUUUAAAUGAAAUUUAGCAAACCUACAGAACUGUGAAUAAACAAUAAGUCUUCAUCUGGAUUUGUUUUCACAAAAGAACCACACUUAUGUCACCAGCAUCCAGAUCAAGAGUCAGAAGCUACCCUCACACCCCCGUCCCCAAGAUUUCCACUAUCCGGACUUCUAACACCAGAGACUACUUUUGACGUUUUUGAGGUUUUUAUGAAUAAAACCAUGAA